AUGACACCAUAUCAUGGUACACGAUAUACUCUUUGGGAUACACCCGGUUGUAAUGAUGAAUCUGCAUAUACGAACCAGAAAUAUAUUUCUUUCAUCAAAGGAUUGACACAACGUUUUAUUCUAAUUCAAUAUACGAUAAAAGAAAUUUUGAAUUUAAUUCGUUUAUUUGAUAAUCUUGGAUUAGGUUAUAAUAUUGUUGUUAACAAAUUUGACGAUAUUGAUGAAGCUGAACAAGCUAAAUUUCGACGUCAGAUUCAACAUGAAAUUUCAUCAUUUGAACUGAAAAAAAAGAAAAAUGUAUUUUUUCUAAGUGCUCGAUAUCCUCGAAUAUUUUCAAAUUGGUUGGAAAUGGUUCAUUAUUUAACCGAAGAAUGUUUUCACUACGAUGAAUACAUAACUAUACAUGCAGAUUCAUAG